CCUGUUUGUGCGAUAAUGGUGACGCUAAACAAUGCUUGGAGCACACGUGUAACUGAUGGCAUUCCGGAUCUUUCGUUUAAAAGUGGGACGUACUCAAAGAUAUUCAGAAGUCAUCUCGCAGCCCUGAGCUACAGCUGUCAUAGUCGGACCAAAAAAAACCUGUUUCUCUCCACUAGUUUCCAUCCUUAUACUAAUUCCAGUAACCCGCAGAAUAACCAGUAUUUGACUCUUCUCGGUUACAUCUUCCUGAAAACAAUGAAGAGUUUUAUGGCAUUGGUUAUUGCUGUGGUGACGUCAGCAGUUGUAUUGCAAGAAGGUGUAAGAAGUUCCGAUUACGAGAAUUGUAGCAAGAAAAUGCGUCAACUGAUUCUUGAUUCGUGUGCCGAACCCAAGGGCAAAAGGAACGCAUUUCUUGCAGAUUUCAAUUGGAAUAUACACCCCCCUCGCAAAGCAGCCCAACAUACCGUGUCGCCUGCGCUGCUCGGAAAAGUUCUGGGCGUACCACCUCACUGGAUGGAGGGCGUUGUGUCUUUGGAUGAUUCCAAGCAGCCGCAGAGAAGGAAUCUUCAAGCAGUACACAAUCUGAUAGUAGAAUGUUGUGUGGAUGGCUGUACGCCUUACCAGAUCGUUGGCCUGUGCAACUGAAUACACCUAACAACAUACGAGAAUACGUGAAUCGUCUAUUUGUUGCUUUAACCUGCAUUAACACACACUUUACUAGUAUAAGGUAUUAUGAAUUCAGUCCGUACCUCAAAGAAAGCGACACUUUUCGUUAUAAAAUCAUUUGGUUAACGCUGUUUAAGGAACUAAU